GAUUUCUACAUCUGGACAAGAGUGUUAGCAACAACUUGGAGGAGGAAGGUCCUGCUUUUGGGGAUGCACAGCGGCGUAAGAAGGCAAUUGGGGUUGACAACGAUGACAGUAAUCGAGACGACGCUGAUGGAGGACGAGACCCCAACAAGUCUCUUUCAUCAGAAAUUGUUCUGUCAUGGACAAUCCAGGAUAUCUUAUUGGAUGAUGAGGCACACAAAAGCAAGGUGGUGAAAAUUCCUACUCAUUUUAAAGGUGUUGAUGAAUAUUUGGGUCUAUAUUCACAAUUUAUAUUAGAAGAGACCUGGUCCAAUCUUAAAGUCUCAUUGCAAAAUUUGACCUCAUCCGCAUAUUAUGAUAUCAAUAAUAUGUUAAGAUGUGAAUCCUCUGGAGUAUUUUUCGUUGAUAUCAAUCUCAAAAAGAUUGAAUUGAAGUCUACUCAUUCUUAUCGGGUGGCUCAAGAUGGUGAUGUAUUUCUAUUCAGUAGUCAUCCUCACUCUCAUGAUUUUGAUUCUUCAUUGGAUUUCCUUGGUAUAGCAUUUAAUACAAGUCAGUGCACAAGCUUUCACAGAGGGUUUAAGGUGCUAGUGUCAGAUCAAAAUUGCACACUUUAUUGUGAAGAAAAUGGUAAAUUUGGCAUAUUUCUCAUCAAUAUUAUGGAUGCUUUGAAAGCAUGGAGUGUGUUCAAUUUGGACAAAACAGAAGACAACUGUUCUGGCAUCAAAUCAAUGUUGAACUUUUCUGAAAUGGUAAGAGAAUAAAAUAAAAAAUUUACUCAUGUUUUUUGUUUGCACUUUAUCUUAUUUUUGCUUUGUGUGAUUUAUUGGUUUUGUAGGCUAAGACCGAUUGCAAAAUGUGUGAUAUGUCGUUUGACUAUGAGAAAAUUAAGCUGAGUCAUCUGAAUCAACAACAGUUAUAUUCUCUGAAGUCCAUUAUUUCAGCAGUCCAUUGUAGAUCUAACAAACAUAUAGAGCUCAUACAAGGUCCUCCAGGGUCUGGGAAAACAGAAAUUACAAUUGCUUUGCUUCAAGUCUUGCAUCACAUGAAUUUGAAAGUUCUGUUAUGUGCUCCAAAGACAAAUAUUGUCAAGUUUUUGACGAAUCUUGAUAAAUGCCUAUUCCCUCUAGAAGAUGCUCUUGUGCUUGAUAAUCUAGAUAGCACAGAAUUAGCGAAAGAAUUUCAGAGACUUUGCUUGUGUCAUAGGUCUCAAGAUUUUUUAGUGGGUAUAACAUUGUUUAAAAAAUGGUUGCGUGAAAUGUUUGUGCUACUUAAUCUAGAUCCAUACUGCACUGAAAAAUGUGAUCAUGAGCCCACAAGAAUCAGAUGUAGCACCAAUAGCCUUCUCGUGUUCACAUUGAGUUCAUUCAAGGAGAAGUUUACCAAGCUUCUCAUGAGAAAAGAAUGGUUGACAAAUCUGAAAGAAAGAUUUUCAGAAAUCUAUUUGUCUGCUGAUAUUGCCAAUGACAUAACAAACUUGUUGAGCUUGUUGAAGGAUUUUGAGGAUUUAUUAUGUCAUGAGAGGUUACAGGACAAACGUGUCCAAUGGACAUUUGGGUUAAGUUCAGUUCCUUGUAAAUUGGGUGGAAAUUCUGCUGCAAGAAAACUGAAUGAUUUAAGGCUGCAAUAUGUGGAUUUCAUUCAAAGAUUCAGAAGCUCACUCAAAUUACCAAAGUUGGAGGAAAGGAAAUCUCUUGAGGACUUCUGCAUCAAACAUGCUAAGGUCAUCAUUUCUACAACUCAGUCAACUUUUCGGCUCCAUGAAGCAGCUAUGGAACCAAUCAAUUUAUUCAUAGUAGAUGACGCAGCCAAAAUCAAUGAGUGUGAUCUCAUUAUUCCAUUGCGCCUGCCAGUGACACACAUUUUGAUGCUAGGCGACGACUUCAAUUUGCAGCCAAGCAAGGUAUGGGAAAAUGCCAGGUUUUCUAUGAAUCCUUUCAAAAGAUUGCUCAAUUUGGGAUUUCGGAAGCAUAUGCUCACUGAGCAGUAUGCAAUUCAUCCAUCAAUCUGGCAGUUCCCCAAUGAGAAAUUUUAUGAAGGGAGAAUCACAAAUGGCGCAACUGUUGUUUCUCCUGAGUACAACAAACAAUUCAAAGGUCUUAAGUUUCCCAAUUAUUGCUUUAUUGAUGUCACUGGAACAGAUGGGCCUAGCUGCAAAAACACCAUUGAGCUUGCCACAAUCCAAUACAUGCUUAAGAUUAUUUCCCAAGGUCUGGAAGAUACUGAAGUGAUUGAUGUUGGUGUCCUGUGUCUGUGUGGCAGCUAUGUUGGUGGAAUCAAAAGUUCCCUGGGUAAAAAAUAUGCUACUCACAAUAAAAUCAAUGUGCACAUUGAGUCUGCUGAUAGUUUUGAAGGAGAAACUUAUCAUUUGGUUAUUCUAUCAAUGCUUUUCAAAGAUGAGAACACGAUUCUUCAGAUUGAAAAGAUCAAUGCUGCACUUACCAGAGCAAGACACUGUUUGUGGAUGUUUGGUGAAGUUGAUAGUGUAUCUGACAGAGGGGGAAUCUUUGCAGAAUUAGUUCAUGAUGUGAUAGAGCGAAAGUGUAUCUUGAAAUGGAACACUAUCACUACAAUUCAAUCAAAAUAUGCACUCGAAUCUGAUAAUUUCCAUGGUUCUAGCUCUGCAAGUUCAAAUGAAACCAUACACCAGGUAUGCACAGAAUUCACAUGGUCUGGGAGACCUAAGAGGACAAAAUAUAUCUUAGCACCUCUGCGUGACCAAGGAAAUUCUGAUACAUGCACAAUGCAUUCAUGUUUGGGAGCAAUGGAGUCUAUGUACAAACACCAGUAUGCUUGUUUGGAACCACCACAGGACUUCAGUUGGAUUUUAUCCACUGAUAAUUUGAAGGAAGAAUACGAGAAUGUUGUUGCCAAAGAAAUUGGAUCUGAGGAAAUAGAGAAAAAGGGCAAACAUCGACUUGCUACUGUACUGGAAAUUCUAAAAGAACCUGGUGUCCUGGGCAGUAGAAAGCAACAACCUGAGGUUGUAAGUAAUUUCAAAAUCAAAUCCCACUCUCAACUUCCCAUCAAGGAGGACCAAGAGAUAAAAACCGUCUUUGAUACUGUCAAGGAUGGAAAAAUUCUAGUGGGACAUUUUCACAUGUCGGAAAACUUCUUCUCCUUGAGACCAGGGGAGAUUUACCACUACGACCGACAGAAGCCCUACCUUAAUCCUGUGUCUUCUUUACAGGCUUCUCAUGCAGUGAUGAUAAUUGGUUCAGGGGUGACCAUGACAAAGGUGAAGAAGAGAAUACAGUGCGCUAUCCAUCUGAGCCUACAGAAUAGCGCGGGCAGACUGGUUGGCGAGAAUGGUUGUGGUUACGUCGGGUUGGAAUCUAUACGAGGCCUGUAUCAACUCGAUAUUUGAAACAGUGCUACUUCCCUAACUAGCUGCUGCUCCUGCUACUUUUAAUAUAUAUACGUUGCAAACUUGAAUUGUAGCCUGAUUCAAGCAUCUUUUUGUGGCCAGAGCUUGCUCUUUCCUGAGGUUUUGGUGCUCUUUCUGGAGUUUAAUUUGUAUAUGUAUCACAUUGGCAGUGAACUUGAAUUGUUCCUGGGUCAAGCUGCUUCAUUUCUGUAGACUGUAGCUGCCUAUUUCAAUGCACCA